UUUUGGGAGAGGGGGGUAAUGGGUUUGGAUUUUUAUCUAUCUGUGGUUUAGAAAAAUAAUGAAAAGAUGAGAAUGUGUUUUUUUUCUUGAAAGUCAUAUUUUGGAUUGUACCUACCCAAAAAUAUUUUGCAUUGAAUUUUCAUUUUCUUGAAUUGUACAAUGGCAAAUUAUCGAUUCUCUCUCUCACUUGAUCAUCUUACAGAUAGACACUUGCAAUGGUUUUUACUGCGAAGCCUUCAAACCGAAAAAAGAGCCAUAACCCAAAAAUGUGGACUGAAGCUUGGACUGGCUGGUAUACAAAGUUUGGUGGUCCAAUUCCUCAGAGACCUAUUGAAGACUUGGCAUUUUCAGUGGCAAGGUUUAUACAGAAUAAUGGUUCCUUUAUUAAUUAUUAUAUGUACCAUGGAGGAACAAAUUUUGGACGGACGACUGUUGGUCUCUUCAUUGCCACUAGCUAUGAUUAUGAUGCCCCAAUUGACGAAUAUGGUAUGCAUACACAUGAAAAUAACUUUGCGGACUUGGAGCAUUCCGGGAUCAACCAACCAGAAUCAUGA